AAGCUAACCUCGGUGGUUAGGUAGGGAUAGGAAGAACUGAAAAUAGGAAGAGAAUAGAACCGGAGCCCACGGGUCUCUCUAAGGAUAAUACAGGUUUCCGGAAGCCAUGUUUGCCAUCGACCCCGUCUCGAUUCUCGUAUCUGCCGUGAUAUUCCUGUUUUUGCUAAAUGUUUACUGUGACCGUAAAGGAAACGUUUACCGAAAUUUUCCUCCUGGACCAAAACCUUUGCCGUUAAUUGGAAACAUGCACACUUUGAUUAUGGGCAAAAGGAAACAACAUAUUUAUCUUCACGAGCUGUCUAAGGAGUACGGAUCGGUAUUCAGCGUCCAGCUGGGAACUACAAAAAUUCUUGUGCUGUGUGGCUACGAGACAGUGAAGGACGCUCUUUUAAACUAUGGCGACGCACUUUCAGAUAGACCAAUCAUACCAAUCAUAUCGGACAUAUCAAAAGAACAUGGUGUCAUCUUUUCCAAUGGAGAAAACUGGAAAGUGAUGAGGAGGUUCACUCUUACGACUCUACGGGAUUUUGGAAUGGGAAGGAAGCUACUAGAAGACAAAAUUAAUGAAGAAUCCAACUCAUUAGUGGAAGUGUUUAGAUCCUACAAUGGAAAGCCUGUUGAGAACACAAUGACAAUAAAUGGCGCUGUUGCCAACAUCAUUGUAUCCAUUCUGCUCGGUCACCGCUUUGAUUACACGGAUCCCACGUUCCUGAGACUUAUGAGGUUAAUUCAUGAAAAUAUAAAUAUUUCUGCGGGUCCGAUGAUUCUGCUGUACAACCUUUUCCCGUGGGUGAUACGCUGGUUCCCUGGAAGUCACAGAACGGUUUUCAAAAAUAACACGGAAUUGCGCGAUUUUAUUAAAAAGACAUUCCACAGACACAAGGACCAACUGGACGUCAAUGACCAACGGAACCUUAUUGAUGUCUUCCUUGUCAAGCAGCAGGAGGAGAAGCCCGGUCAACAAGUGUUUUUCCACAAUGACAAUUUAGUCAACCUUGUGAGCGACUUGUUUGUAGCUGGAAUGGAAACCACAUCUACAACUCUUCGCUGGGGUCUUCUAUUUAUGGCGAAAAACCCAGAAAUUCAGAAAAAGGUCCAGGACGAAAUAGACAGAGUGAUCGGAUCUGCCCAGCCUCAAGUAGAACACAGAAAGCUAAUGCCGUAUACCGACGCCGUUAUUCACGAAACCCAAAGGUUUGGUGACAUCGUACCAGAAAACGCCCCACACGCGGCCUCUCAAGAUUUCACAUUCAGAGGAUAUUUUAUUCCUAAGGGGACCUACGUCAUCCCGCUUUUGACAUCCGUGCUGCACGAUAAGGCUUAUUUUGAGAAACCAGAUGAGUUUUACCCUGAACAUUUUCUUGACGCUAAAGGGAAUUUUGUCAAAAAUGAAGCAUUCCUCCCCUUUUCAGCCGGUCGGAGAAGUUGUGCCGGAGAGAAUUUAGCAAAAAUGGAGCUCUUCCUGUUCUUCACCAGACUGCUGCAGAACUUCACAUUUCAGCUUCCUGCCGGGGCUGAAGUUGAUGUUGCCGUUAGCGUUGGGGCAACCAGGAGCCCCAUGAAACAUGACAUUUGCGCUGUGGCUCGGAACUAGAAAAUAAGAUAACGGAAGAA